AUGGGCUCCCCAGGGGCCUUGGCAGACUGGGGGCUUCUGGAUUACAAGACCACGAAGUAUGUGAUGACCAGGAACUGGCGGGUGGGCGUCCUGCAGAGGCUACUGCAGCUUGGGGCUCUGGUCUACGUGGUAGGGUGGGCCCUCCUCGUCAAGAAAGGCUACCAGGAACAGGACCUGGACCCCCAGAUUUCCAUUAUUACCAAACUCAAAGGCGUUUCCGUGACCCAGAUCAAGGAGCUGGGGGAUCGGCUGUGGGAUGUGGCUGACUUCGUGAAGCCGGCACAGGGAGAGAAUGUGUUCUUCUUGGUGACCAACUUCCUUGUGACGCCAGAACAAGUUCAGGGCCGGUGCCCAGAGCACCCCUCCAUCCCGCUGGCUAGCUGCUGGGCCCACGAAGACUGUCCUGAAGGGGAGACAGGGACACACAGCCAUGGUCUAGAGUCUGUCUUGUGUUUUCAAGGCAUAAAAACAGGCCAGUGUGUGGUGUUCAAUGAGACCCACAGGACCUGUGAGAUCCAGGGUUGGUGCCCAGUGGAGAGCAACAUUGUACCCAUGGAGCCCCUACUGAUCCAGGCCGAGAACUUUACACUGUUCAUCAAAAACACUGUCACUUUCAGCAAGUUCAACUUCUCCAAAUCCAAUGUCUUGGAGACCGGGGACAACACCUAUUUCAAGCGCUGCCGAUAUGAUCCCCUCUCCAGCCCCUACUGUCCGGUGUUCCGCAUUGGGGACCUCGUGGCCGCAGCUGGAGGGGUCUUUGAGGACCUGGCGUUGCUGGGCGGUGCUAUAAGCAUCCACGUCCUCUGGGAUUGCAACCUGGACAUUGGGGGCUCUGACUGCCAACCCCACUACUCCUUCCAGCUGCAGCAGAGGAACUACAAUUUCAGGUGCCACUGCCCCCGCCCCCAGUACCCACAUGCUGCUCCUCAGCCAGGUGCACCUUCACCUGUCCUCCUGUGGAGGUCAGGACAGACCCCACCUCUGCCGAGCCCUCUGGAUGCUCCGCUCCGUGUAAGAGGGCAGACAGCCACUCACUGGUGGGAAGCCUCAGGUGUGGAGGCCCGGAGCCUGCUUAAACUCUAUGGGAUUCGCUUCGACGUCAUCGUUACUGGGCAGGCAGGGAAGUUUGGGCUCAUCCCCACGACCAUCACUUUGGGCACCGGAGCAGCUUGGCUGGGCGUGAUCACCUUCUUCUGUGACCUGCUGCUGCUGUACGUGGAUGGAGAAGCCCAUUUCUACUGGACAACCAAGUAUGAGGAGGCAAAGGCCCCGAAGGUGACCGCCAACCCUGAGCAAACAGAGCCGGCCUCUUCACCCCCCAACCCGGCUGCCCAUGUGGCUUAGAGGCGGCCCAGCUCCUGCCCCAAUGGCCACUGCUCCUGCUAAGAGCCAGACACUGAUGCAAGGAUGGCCCUG